AUGGCGCUAGCUGCGCAGCAUUUGUGCACCGCCGCCGUCAGUGUCAGCCAGUUUGCUGUGGCAUACGGAGCUCCAUCGCAGUCUUUAACACUGGUAGCAUGCCGCGACAGCGUGGACGUGAACCAUGCUGUCUUAGUAAACGACCCUGAGAAAAGGGUAUUCAAUGUCGUUUGGGCAAAACAGUCAACACGAAAGCACAAAGUUUGGGAGGGUGAUGGUGUUCUGGAAGUGGAAGGGAAGACAGUUAUUUUAAAGGAUGUUGGUGGAAAAAUUCUAGGCCAGUCUUCGAACGUAAAGGUGUCCUCAUUUGAAGAUGGUACACGUUUGCUUCUUGGUGGAAAAGAGGCUGAGAUUGUGGAUGAAGUGAAAAUAACUAACUCUAUCAGUGUGUCCAGUAAAAGAAUGCCAGACAGGCAGAGUGAUCAAAAGCCUACAAAAAAAGCAAGAAAAGACAUACCUGUUCUGCAUAAAAAACCCUCAAAUUUUUGUGGUCAAAAUUAUAGGCCCUUGGUUAUGCCAAGUCCCCCAGAUGAGCAUCGGUGGAAGAUGAAUCCAGAACAUUUGCCUCUUGUGGAGGUAGUAAUUGAUCCAUGUCUUGCAAAAGUCCUUCGCCCUCAUCAAAGAACUGGCAUAAUAUUUUUGUAUGAAUGUAUGCUUGAAAUGAGACAACCGAACUAUUCUGGAGCAAUAUUGGCAGAUGAGAUGGGACUGGGGAAGACACUACAGUGUGUUACACUUGUUUGGACAUUGUUAAAGCAAGGCCCAUAUGGUGGAAGGCCUAUUAUUCGGAAUGCUUUGAUUGUAACACCAAGCAGUUUAGUUGGGAAUUGGGAAAAGGAAUUCCAGCAAUGGUUAGGAAGAGGAAAAAUCCAUACAUUUAUUGUUAAUCAGAAGAAUAAACCAACUGAUUUAAAAAAUAAUGCAAAUGCUAAUGUUAUGCUAAUUUCUUAUGAAAUGUUUUCAAGAUACUAUGAUGACAUUGAAAAAUAUGAGUUUGACCUGCUCAUUUGUGAUGAAGGCCAUCGUUUAAAAAACAGUACUAUUAAAAUAUAUGUGAUGUUAUCAAAGUUGCAAUGCAAGAAACGAAUACUGCUUACAGGAACUCCAGUACAGAAUGACCUUCAAGAGUUUUAUACCCUAGUUAAUUUUGUAAAUCCUGGAGUACUUGGUCCAUUGUCAGAUUUUAGGAAGAUCUAUGAAGCUCCAAUUGUUGCCUCUAGGCAGCCAGAAGCAGACACUGAAAUCCGUCUGCAUGGUGAACAACGUGCUGCUGAGUUGAACCAUAAAACCAGUUGGUUCAUCCUACGCCGCACACAGGAUCUGAUAGACAAAAUUUUGCCAAUAAAACAUGAACUGGUUCUUUUCUGCUGCCUGUCUCAACUACAGAUCAGUAUGUACAGAGCAGUGAUUGAUUACUGGGACUCACAGAAAGAAAACUUAAUUUCUCUGGAAUCAGUUCCACACCUCAAUAUUAUUACUUUACUUAAGAAAAUUUGCAAUCAUCCAGUGCUUAUUAAGUCUAGUGUCAUAGAGGGAGAACUUGAAAUGAAACUGAUGCAUAUGUUCUCAUCUGAAAUACUUGAAACAUGUCCAAGAAACUCUGGAAAACUUAUUAUUGUCUUACGUCUUCUUCAAUAUUUGAGGCAAACUAAGGAGCGUGUGGUGUUUGUGUCAUACUAUACACAGACAUUAGAUCUAAUGGCACAGCUGUGUGAAAACUAUGGCUACAAAUAUUGUCGAUUGGAUGGAUCUACAGCUUGUAGUCAGCGUCAAACAGUUGUUGACAAUUUCAAUAGCGCAUCUUCAAAAUACUUUAUCUUCCUUUUAAGUGCUCGUGCUGGUGGAAUUGGUCUCAAUCUUACGGGCGCAUCACGUCUUAUUCUCUUCGAUUCCGACUGGAAUCCAGCCACGGACCUACAAGCAAUGUCACGAAUUUGGAGAGAUGGUCAAUCAAAACCUGUGUUUAUUUAUAGGCUGGUUUCUGUGGGUACAAUAGAAGAAAAAAUCUUCCAACGCCAAAUAAGCAAGACUGAUCUAAGUGGUACAGUUGUAGAUCCACAGAACAAUAGUACCAUUCGCCUGUCUAAAGAAGAACUUAAGGACCUACUGUCAUAUGAUGAAAAUGAAACCUGUCUCACUCAUAAGUUAUUAGAAUGUACAUGUGAUAUAAAUGGCCAACCACGUGAGCAAUUUGAGACCUGCAGAUCUGAAGUAGACAAUAGACCAUCACAGCUGGGUUCUGUUCAGUUAAAUUCCACACACCCUCACCAACGCAUGAAUCAGCUGCUUCAUUGGGAACACCAUAGAGCACCAUUCAGAUCAGGCUUCCUAGAGGGUCUGGGAUUGCUGGAUGUUGCUGGCAGCAUAACAUACAUUUUUAAAACAUCAACAGUGGCUGACUGAAGUGUGAUGUUGCACAGUUAAGCAUAUACUUUUGUUGAUGUAAAAUUGUAUAUAAUUUCAAACAGACAGUUUUGUAAAAAAGAUAAUAUUUUCUGUAACUGGUUGAUUAUAUUAGAUACAUGUAAAUACACACAAAAUAAAAAAUGGUGGCAUGAUAUUAUGUAUUUAUUUACGUAGUGUAAAAUACAAAUCAUAUGGAAAUCAUCUUACAGUAUUAGGUGAGAAUCAAACAACUGCAUAGAUAUAUCAUGUACAUGUAAAUAUUACGACAUAUAAAAUAAAAUGUGAUGGUCUGUUAUAAUCUUUUUGUAUGCAAAUAGUUAUACAUAGAAUUAACUAAACGUUAUCUCACUAUACUAGCUGUAAAUGUAAACUAAAUUUAUAGUCUGUUUUUACUAUUCUGUUAUACAGCUUGAUAAAAUUUUGUGUCUGCUAAUGUUUUGACACAAUUUUUUUCGACGUGGAACAUUUUAUAUACUAUGUGAUUAUAAGACUACCCAUUACAUUUGUAUCAUUAAUGAGAAUACUGUGUAGGCUGCAGCACAAUUUUUCCAUUUUUACAACAAUAUUCAAAGUUUUUUUCAGCAUGAUGACUAAUUUUCAUUAGAAAGGUGUUAUUUUUGUACAGGCAUGUGUUUUGUUUGCAAUGAUCAGGUAGUCCUGUUGCUAAUGCAAGACAAAUUAAUGAAUACAUUCUGUAAACAGCAUGCUAUGAAAGGAAGUGAUAUGAUCAUAAGAUGAUGAGAUACUAAUUCAUCAAAAUAAUAAUAAUAAUAAUAAUAAAAUAAAAGGUAGGG